AUGAAGUCUGAUCUAAUUUUGGCGUUUUUCCUUCUAUUUUUUCUUCUACUUUUGCUUUGUGUUGCUAUGGGAGAGCGGGGCGUUUGGAAUCAACUUUUUUCCCCUUUGCUUGAUACUACUUGA